GCCAGGGCUACACAGAGAAACCCUGUCUCGAACAAACCACACACACACAAAAAGCAGGCCAUUGUUUCUAGUUGCUGACAUUGCAGGCUGUUAGCGCCCUUGACAGGAAAUGGUUAAAUGCCAGCAUGUCCUAAUCCAUGGAUGCAUGGCUAGGGACCUAUUAGGUCAGUCCCCACCCCAUUUUAUGUCUAUGGAUGUUGUACUUUUAUGUAUGUCUGUGUACCACAUACGAGCUCACUGCCCUCAGAACUAGAAGAGAUGUCCUGGAACCAUAGUUAAGGAGAGAUGUGCGCCAUCAUGUGGGCCACCAGAAGGACUCUGUUCUUCUGGAAGGGUGGCCAGAAGCCCUGAGCCGCCAUUCAUCCCCAAGUUUUAUUUUAUAAUAUAGAAACUUAUAUAAGAAACAAUAUAAAAUUUAAAAGAACCAACUACAGUCAAAAACAUGUAACCCAUGGGGCUGUCGAGCUGGCUCAGAGGUUAACAGUAUCUACUCUUUAAAGGACCCAGGUCAGACUCCCAGUACCCAAGUAGUAGCUCACAGCCCUCUGUGGCUUCAGGUCCAGAUCUGACUCCCUCUUCUGGACUUUGUGUGCACCAGGUGCACAUGUGGUCUACACACAUUCACAGACAAACACUUAGACACGUAAGACAUGUAAGACGCGUAAGACGCGUAAGCCUGGAGAGAGAGAAGAAAAGCAGGCUCUCAUUAGUCUUUAACAGAUUAGGAAGUAAGUCCUACUUACUAUCCAUCUUGCAUGUGAGGAAAAUGGAGGACGGAGGAGUCCGUAACCUGCCCAAGGCUCCCCAGGUCGCGAAGCCGGAGGAACGCCUGGAGUGCAGCACACCGACUCCAUGGCCCAGCUCUGGCCGCACUGGCUGUAUCUUAUCUGCUUCUCUCACUGUUGGAGGAGAAGCCAGGCCUCCCACCUCAGACUAGUGUCCAGCCGCUGAGCUCAGGCUGGCUCUGCUGCUCCAGCCUGACACAGUUGUAUUUACUGCCCACAGAGCCAGAAAGAAAGUCUGUACAAGAAAACCAAGCCAGUUGUGGUAGCAUCCACCUUUAGUACUAGCAGUCUGGAGGCAGAGGCAGGAGGACCUCUGUGAGUUCAAGGCCAGCCUGGUCUACAUAGACUAUGUCUCAAAUAAGACAAAACAUUAACUUUAAUAAAAGUAGACUCAGGCUUCCUGUUCUGCACCAUGGCGCAAAAUCAGGGUGAGAAGGAGAACCCCAUGCGGGAACUUCACGUCCGCAAACUCUGCCUCAACAUCUGUGUGGGGGAGAGCGGAGACAGACUGACCCGGACAGCCAAGGUGUUGGAGCAGCUCACAGGCCAGACCCCUGUGUUUUCCAAAGCUAGAUACACUGUCAGGUUCUCUGGCAUCCGGAGAAAUGAGAAGAUUGCUGUUCACUGCACAGUCCACGGAGCCAAGGCCGAGGAGAUUCUGGAGAAAGGCCUGAAGGUGCGGGAGUAUGAGUUACAGAAAAAUAACUUCUCAGAUACUGGAAACUUUGGUUUUGGAAUUCAGGAACACAUUGACCUGGGCAUCAAACACGACCCAAGCAUUGGCAUCUACGGCCUGGACUUCUAUGUGGUGCUGGGUAGGCCAGGUUUCAGCAUCGCAGACAAGAAGCGCAGAACAGGCUGCACUGGGGCCAAACACAGGAUCAGCAAAAAGGAGGCCAUGCGCCGGUUCCAGCGGAAGUAUGAUGGGAUCAUCCUUCCUGGAAAAUAAAUUUUAUCUAAAAAACCAAUAAAACUUUCUCAGAAAUGCAAAACAAAAAAUAAGGUAGACUCAGAAUGACAAUUUGUUAGGUUGCGUAGUGUUUUGGUUUUGUAAUUUUCUUUUUUCUGAAUUAGCACAUGUGCUGUAUGUGCAUGUGGGUGGUGCAGCCGCCCACGGCUCACCAUGGACCUGGGAUGAUGUGCGUGUGGGUGGGUACGGCUCACCGUGCACCCAGGGAGCCGCUCUGCAGUCGUCAGCUGUCUUGAGUUUUACGAGGCUUCAGAGACUGGACCGGGCUCGCCAGCCAUCUUUGCUUCUGUGCCGAUCCAUCACUUACACAGGAUUUUAGUUGAGGGAGUGAGAUAGCAGAUUAUGUCACUCAUCAUGGUGGUCCCGGCAGCCGGUGCUGGCUGAUGUCUGCCUAAAGAUGAGGACGA